AGCGCAAUCCUUUUCUUGGCUCCGAGAGAGGAUCGCUUGUCCCGUCAAAAGCGAAAAGGAAAACGGAGCGGGGCACCAUGGCGAACUACGGCCCGAACGACGGCCCGCUGGGGACGGCCCCCGACAUCUCGAUCGGCGCCUCGGACGCCCUCCUCCUGGGGGUUUCCUUUGCCGGGUUUUUGGCCCUGGCGUGGAGCGUCUACUCGAUCGUCCUGACCAAGCUCAAGACGGCCCGGGAGCUCUUGGAGGAGGAGGAGGAACGGGAGAUAUCCUACGACGAGAGGCUGGCCAAGGCGGACGUCUCGACCCUGAACCGGGCGCAGCGGCGGGCCCGGGCCAGGCACAUUAUGAAGCAGCAGCGGAGGGUGGCGCCCCACCACCCCCACCACGGCCCCCCCGCGGAGGAGGACGAGGGGCACGGCGGAAGGGAGCUCCUCCUCGAGCAGGAGGGGGAGGCUCCUUUCGCCGAGCCCGUCCCGGCCUUUCGCGACGAGACGCACCACUCCACGGCGCAGAACCUCCUCUCCCGGAAGGAACGCCAGAAAGCCGCCAAGCAGGUCGAGCUCCAGGAGCGGCGGCUGCUGGAGGAGGACCGGCGCCGGGAGCAGAAACUGGCCCAGGAGGCGGCGAUGCAGAGGAAGAAGGAACGGGAGCGCAAGAGGGUCCUCGAGGCCGAGCAGGGCCGGAAAGAGCGCGAGGAACAGCGCAGGGCGGACGAGCUCGAGGGGUACCGGGCCUGGAAGGUCUUUCUGGAGGACGGCGAGACGAUUCUGACGGUGGGGGAGUGGAUAAGGGAGCUGAGAGAACACCGCGUGGUGGGCCUCAAGGACCUGGCGGAGCGGUUCCGGAUCGGCGAAGCUGCGGUCCGCAACCGGAUCCGGGAACUCCUCGAAGAAUCGCGGGUGUCGGGGGUCCUGGAGGAGUCGCCGGCACAAGACGGCGGAGGGAGCGACUCCGUCUUUGUCUAUCUGUCGCCCCAAGAAAUGGCGACGCUGGCAUCCUACGUGAAGGGGCGAGACAAAACCACGGCCAAGGAACUGGCGGCCAGGAUAGAAGAGCUCGUUGCGCCAACGCAGUGACCGACCAACGGACAUUCCGAAACGACGCGAUGGAAAGGCCAAACCAGUGUCGAUGUGUCCCAUUGGCACCGCAUUGCCUUAGCAGAAUCAAAACAUAGUG